UUUAAUCUGGUUGGGUUUGGUAAGCGCAUGCCGCCGAGCCUUCUUCUGGGGUUCAUUGAUAGCAUCAAGAAAAAUCUACAACAGUUUCUGAUAGAAAGAGAGAAUCCAUCCCCAUUGCUCCACUUUCACCUAUGGAUAGUUCGACUUCCGGGGAGGACGGUGAUAUUCACAGUACACCGGCGACAUCAGGCAAAACGGUUGAUGGUAAUGGGCUUACAAAUCCAGUGCAAUCUAAUACUGAAGCCGAGAAGGCGGAUACAACAGAGAGGGGAGGCAAUGCAUUUAAACAAGAAGACAAGAACCAGUCUGGUGGUCGAAAAGAUUCGAAAGAAGAUGCUUUGAAUGACUCCAAAGUGUUGAAGUUAGAGGAGCCCAAUGAUAGCAUGGAAACCAAAUCAUUGGGUGGAAAGCGUGAUGGAAUAGUAGAUAAACAGGAAGGACUUGAGCAAGGGCAUAAUAUAAAGGAUGGAGCAGGAAAGACCCCAAUUAUCGAAAAUGGUCGGAAAGAAGAUAAUGAGCAAAGCGAUAGUGCGGGCAGUAAUGGCAGCACGAAUGAAAAUGAAAAGACUAGAACUUCUGAAGAAAGUCAUCUUGGGUCUGUUACAUCUGACUCUGCGGCAGUAACUGCUCCGCCUCAACCUACACCAACUUCGAGCCCUGAAAACAGCGCCCCUCUUGACCUACCUACACAUUCCCAAACAGGAGUGACACCUCCAUUGGACAUGGGAUCAGCGCUUGAAGCUCUUACAGAUUUUGAUGACUCCACACAAGUGGCUGUGAGUAAUGUUUUUGGACUUGCCGAGAACAUUCUGGAGAAGCUAGAGCAAGAACAGAAAGGAGAUGUUUAUGAUGCUUCUGCUGAUGCACAGGUAGACUCUGCUGAUCAGAAAAAGGAAACUGACCGCAGGAAUGGGAAGGAAGAACACGGCAGUAAGGAAAACAACGACAAAGGAAAUGGUAAGGAAGACGACUGUAGUACUGUCGAUAGUGGCUCUCUUAUUUCCGAGCACAAUGAGAAAGAUGGAGUAGCAAAGACAAUAGCUAAAGCUACCAUUGACUCGAAGAGUGUUGGUGGAAAGAACGAGCUCAGCAGUCAUGAGAGCACUACAGAAAUCUGCUACAGGUGGGGUUGACAAGAAGCAAAUGGGAAUGAAGUAAGAAAAGAUGAAGAAAACCAUGGAUGCCUUUGAAAUGACCAAUAAACCAAAGGACGACAAGAAGGAUUUGGGGACGAUUUUAUUCUCGAAGUUAUUGAACCCAGUAUUAGAUUCAAGGACUCAGUCUAAAGUUAUGUUCAUUCAGAACGUAGGUAAUUAUACUUUGGUGAUGACAGUGUUGAAGGAUCAACCUCCUAAGGUAAAAACUGAUGACAUUUUACUAAGCACGAAUGGCACAGCCUUCAAUUACAAGGAUACUUUUAAAGAGCUGAAAGGAUCAGAAACUCAACGUAGUAAUCAAUAUAUGAAGGAAGCAGAUUCUGCUGGGCCAGGUUUAAGGAAAAUUACCAUCAAGCAGAUGUCAGAAGAAGUUGACGACAUAGGAAAAUCAAAGGGAUAUGUUAGUACUCUGGGAGCGAAUGAGAAUCAUAGUAAGCGAACUAUAGAUAUCAAGAAAGCGAAGACUCCAAACUUGGUAGAAAGUACGGUGAAGGACGCUCUGGAAUUUGAGCUGCUUCGGAGGUUGAGAAUCGCAGGAAUAGAGUCUCUGGGAAUUAUUUAGACCAAGAGGUCUAAAAGAUAACCAAUUCAGUGGCUGACGCAGCUCAAGGGUGGAAGAUGAAGCCCAUUUCCAACGAAGCUUUUAGAAACGCUGUGGGAGGUAACCGCAAAUUGGGCGGGCUGGUUCCUCUUGUAAUGUUAGUAGGCGUGAUUAUGGCUCUUCUAGGUGUUGUGUAUUUGAUUGUUACUGGCAAACAGCGGAAUGCACAAGAAGAAAAGAACCAAGUGAUGAUGAAAACUUGGAAGAGGAAGAAGAGAUCAGUGGUACUGAUAGUGAUUAUUCUUUGCGGGUCAAAGCAAAAUCAUCUGCCGCAGAUGCUUUAGCUUUGAGUGCAAAACGUAACAGCGAAAUUCCAUCAAGUGGAUCUUUCGAGUUGAGGGAAGACCCUGAAGUGGUGACGACAGAGACUAUGGAAAUUGAUGCUGCUGGUUAAAACGGACAUAGCUCAGAAGCUGAAGGAAUGUCCAACGAUGUUUGGGACAGAGCCAAGAGCAAGAAUCAAGGGAAAGUGAUGGGCAUGAUGGCAGCAGCCAUGAGCGGUGGAGCCACAAUGGCUGGAAUCAAUGUGUCGAAUGAAUGUAGCGCAGUAGAAGAUUCAGAUGGUGGUGGUGGUGAGAAAAAUAGUAAGAGGACUGGAACUGAGGAUGAGAAGGCAGGUACUAUUUUCAGCGUUCAUCCCUUAGCCGAAAAGGCAAUGUCAGUGGCAGCGCCAGUGGCACCUCACAACGGCGAUGGGAAGGUUGAUCAUGAAAGGCUGGUGGCAAUGCUAGCAAAACUUGACAGAAGGUUGGUCUUCUUCGAUUUAUUGGAAAAGUUGCUCUUUUACUGGGUGGCCCGAGGGGUGCAAUGAGCCUCACUGAUCGUCGUCUCGGUUUUUUGCAAUUGAUAAGCGUCCAUUACAUUUGAGGCUUCUUGUCUUUUCUGCACUUAUUGUAUUGCUCUGGUCUCCUGUAUUAAUACCCGUCUUACCAUCAUUGUUACAUCAAUGGGCUACGAAAUCGCCAGGCGGUGUUGUUGGUGCUGCUUCUGUGGUUGACCUGUAUAGGGCCAUUCUUAUUCUUGUUACGAUUUGGGGGAGGCGAGUUCGUGGUUUUAGUAAACCCCUUGUACAUUAUGGUCUUCGUUUCUGGUCAAAACGAAAGGUCAAAGAUUGGGGCUGGGGGUUAGCCUUAGGUAGUGGAUUAGUAUUAUUUUUGCAUAGUACAAAUUUCAUAUUGGGCUACGUGCAAAUCAAUUGGGGGGCAUUGCUUGCUACAAAUCCCAUGAUGCAAGCAAAUUGGGGCUCUUGUGCUAAGCAAGGUAGUGUUGGGAUAUUCUUAUUUACCGCUGCAAAAGUAAUCAAGCUUGUGGGACAAGCGGUUGGAAUUUGACUGGCGGUGUCCCUUGUAGAGGAAACUCUAUUCAGAGCGUGGUUACAAGAGGAGAUUGCUGUUGAUCUGGGAUUUCAUACUGCAGUGUUCAUAUCGGCUGCUAUUUUUGCGCUUGUUCACUGGUCAUCUGCUACAAUGCCAAGCCUUUGGUUUUUAUCGGUGAGCUUAGCCGGUGCACGGUCGAAGAUGAAUCGUAGCUUGGCAUUUCCAGCAGGAUUCCAUGUUGGCCUUGUGGCAAUCAAUUACGUUACGACUGCAGGAGAACUAGUUAAAUACUUGCCUCAUGGUCCCACCUGGUUCACAGGUGCACAUAUCGGAAAUCCAUUGGCUGGGACAUGGGCACAGCCCAAAUGGCAAUACUGGCUGUCACCUUGUGUCCGCGUACUAUCACUUGACCAAGUAUUCAUUUAAAAGAAGUUAGGCAUGCAGCAUAAGUUUUAUGAACUCAACUGUAAUAUGAGUCGAUGAGUCCCACAGAAGGAUGCUCAUAAUUUUUUAGCUGGAAUUUCUUAGACGUGGGACCAUUUUGUACUAGAAUACUAAUUAUUCUGACUGACAGCUAAUUGGGAAAACGAAGGUUUUUGUUAAUUCAUUAAACUCUUUUCUGUAGUUACGAACUCGCUUUUCUGACGUUUUAAUAAGCACCUUAUCUGAUAAUGCUUUGUCUUGGGGCAA